AUGGAUUGCCCAUCAGUCAGCGAGAUGACCAUCUCCGCUCUACACAAGCUCAACGACUGUCUGCAACAUGCACUCUUGCGGGAAUUGGCAGAGCAGCUGAAGGCCUACUUCGGGAAGAACUGGAGGCAGAAACUCCGCAUCUGCGCUACUUCAAACGGGAUCUACGAUGACAGCGGGCUGCGUACGGACGAAUUUGUCCGACCUCAUGCUGUACGACGUUUGAAGAAACUGAUCGAGGGGCUGGACGAGUGCAUUGAAAUUGUAACGAAGGAUCAGGACUGUCUGUUUCCGGGCUGCGCUGAAUAUGACGAGUCAAUGGAAUCCGAAUGUGAUGAGCCAGGCCCUAAGAUUGAACGGCUAGUGAGACCUGAAGGGGGGCCUAAACUCACAAAGGUACUGGAAAAGGUCCAACUUAGGCUUGAGAAGAUCGGCUUACUCGCUGAGAGAAUGAUGGACACUUACAAUGACGCGCGGGAUUAUGAAGCCAAGGCCAAGUUCACGUAUGUGGACUAUCAGAAGCUGGAUGAUCCCGACUAUAAGCAUCAUCGUGAUGUGGAUGUUGAGGGCCUGCGCAGAUUGAAGCAACAUCUUGUUCGGGAGUACCAUCAAGGGUAUUCCAUCGACUUCCCGAAAUAUAAAGCUGGACCUAGCGAAGACUUACCCAGCGGUAAAUCUGCAGUGGCUUACCUUGAACAGAACCAUCGACAGCAGGUCCACCGGUUAAUCUUCGCCGUACUCCGCCGACACCACCGGCUGAGCAUGUCGCGAAACGCAGCGGAGAAGCGGCGGGCCACCGCACAGGCUGCAGCAGAUGGCACAGGAGACGUUUUGUCCGAGAACCCGCCGGCGAGCGUAUUUCAACCCCGGCUGCCAUCCACCGAUGCAAUGAGGCAUUUGAAAGUUGGCUCGUGGUCCAAGACCCCUCGUCCAGAGACCCUUGAGGGCCAGGAGCGAACAUUUCAAUGUCCAUACUGCGGCGACAUGCUCCUGGAGGCAGACUCGGAGCGCACAGCAUGGUAUGAACAUGUCAACUGCGACCUUCUACCAUUCACCUGUCUCUGGCCAUGCUGUAAGCAAGAAGACCCGAAGGAAUUUGCGAACGUGGUCAAAUUAACAGCCCAUCUCGAAGAGAAUUUCGGGACAGUCGAGCACUGGGUGUGUGAUGCUUGCCUUGCUCAGGGAAAGCCUUGCAACAGUUGCGAAUUCAUGAACAAGAAGGAUCUUGAUAAGCAUCUUGCCUCGGCUCAUCCGAACCACAGCAAUGGUUUGACUCCCACUGUCCGUCUGGAGGUCCCUAGCGAAUGUCCGCUGUGCCCUCGCAAGCUCAUCUAUAAAACUCGUGGUCCGGAUUCGCUUUAUCCCCAUGUUGCUAAUCAUAUGGAACGGUUUGUUUCUCUGGCGUUGCCGGAGAUUGGGGGUGAGGGGGCGGAUUGUUAA